AUGGGGGCCGGGGUAGGCUCCGGGCGGGGGCAGCUCUUCCUCCGCUCCCUCCUCUUCCUCCUGCUGGCCGGGCCCCCGGCGGGCGGGCAGCUGCGCUACGCCGUGCCCGAGGAGCUGGAGCACGGAGCCUUCGUGGCCAACCUGGGCGAGGACCUGGGGCUGGACGUGUCCACCCUGUCAGCGCGGCGGUUCCGCAUCGUGUCACGGGCCGGGGCCAGGCAGCACCUGGAGGUGAACCUGGAGAACGGGAUCCUCUUCGUGAACGAGCGGAUUGACCGGGAGGAGGUGUGCGAGGCCGGGGGGACCUGCCUGCUCCACCUACAGCUCCUCGUCGAAAGCCCGCUGGAGCUCUACCGCGUCGAGGUGGAGGUGCUGGACAUCAACGACCACGCGCCCACCUUCCCCUGGCAAGAGUACGUGCUGGAGGUGGCCGAGUCCGCCGUGCUCGGUGCCCGCUUCCCGCUGGAGAGCGCCCAGGAUCCCGACGUGGGCACCAACUCCGUGCACACCUACCGCCUCAGCCCCAACGGCUUCUUCUCCCUCGAGGUGCAGACGCGCAGCGACGCCAGCAAGUUUGCGGAGCUGGUGCUGGAGCGUGCCCUGGACCGGGAGCAGCAGCGCCUGCACCGGGUGCUGCUCACGGCUCUCGACGGCGGCAUCCCCGAGCGCUCGGGCACCGCGCACAUCCUCGUCACCGUGCUGGACGCCAACGACAACGUGCCUGCCUUCGACCAGCCCUCGUACGGCGUGAGCCUUCCUGAGGAUGCCCCCGCCGGCACACUGGUCAUCCAGCUCAACGCCACGGACCUGGACGAGGGCCCCAACGGGGAGAUCGAGUACUCCUUCAGUGGGCACGCGCCGCCACGCGUGCGGGAGCUCUUCCACAUAGAGCCCCGCAGCGGGCAGGUGCUGCUGAAGGGCCGCCUGGACUAUGAGCGGGCCAGUCUCCACGAGCUCUACGUGCAAGCCAAGGACCGUGGACCCUCAGCCGUGGCCGUUCACUGCCGAGUGCUCGUGCACCUCCUCGACGUCAAUGACAACGCGCCAGAGGUGACCCUCACCUCUGUGUCCACACCCGUGCUGGAGGAUGCCCCCCCAGGCACCGUCAUCGCUGUCAUCAGCGUUCUGGACCGGGAUUCUGGGGACAACGGGCGCGUGAGCUGCGAGGUUGGCCCCAACGUACCCUUCGAGCUCCGCUCCUCCUUCCGCAACUACUACACUCUGGUCACCACGCAGGCGCUGGACCGGGAGGUUGUACCCGAGUACAACGUGAGCAUCACGGCGCGGGACAUGGGCUCGCCCGCCCUGCUGACCCGCAGCACCCUCACCGUCCCGGUGUCUGACGUGAACGACAAUGCCCCACGCUUCCUCCAGCCCUCCUACAGCGUCUACGUGAUGGAGAACAACGCGCCGGGUGCCUCCAUCUGCUCUGUCAGCGCACUGGACCCUGACUGCCAACAGAACGCCUACCUGUCCUACUCCAUUGCCGAUGGGCACAUCCACGGCAUGCCUGUGGGCACCUACGUGUCUAUCAACUCGGACAGCGGGCACAUGUAUGCCCUGCGGUCCUUGGACUAUGAGCAGAUCCGCAGCUUCCAGAUCCAGGUGCAAGCACAGGACGCGGGUUUCCCCCCACUGAGCGCCAACGUCACCGUCCACAUCUUCGUGCUGGAUCAGAACGACAACGCUCCGGUCAUCGUUUCCCCCCUGCCACACAACGGCUCCGUGGCCACCGAGCUGGUGCCGCGAUCAGCCAGGCCUGGCUACCUGGUGGGCACAGUGUCGGCGGUGGAUGCGGAUGCGGGGCUGAACUCUCGCCUCUCCUACCAGCUCCUCCAGGCCACUGACUUCACCCUCUUCAGCGUGGCACCAGACACGGGCGAGCUGCGCACCCUCCGCUCCUUCCUGGAGCAGGACUCAACCCGGCAGCAGCUGGUGGUGCAGGUGAGGGACGGUGGGCAGCCAGCCCUCUCUGCCACCGUGUCCCUCCUGCUUUCCGUGGUGGAGACCAUGCCUCAGACUCUCUCCGACUUCAGCGAGUUCAGUCUCCCCCCAGAGGUCUCCUCAUCCUCCCCACUCACCCUCUACCUCCUUGUCUCCCUGGGCUCCAUCUCCUUCACCUUCCUCCUCGCCAUCCUCAUCCUCACAGCCAUUCGCUGCCGCCGUGGAGAGCGGCGUUCCCGCCAAGGUGACAGCUGCUCCCCGCCCCGCUGCCACUGCUGCCCUGGGUCCAGACCCUCCUCUGAUGGCCUGAAGACUUCCAACCUGACGGCACAGCCCCCCGCAGGGACCGCGGCUGCCACCUGCCUUGACGUGCCUGCAGGCGGCCCCCCGGGCUACUGCUACAAGGUCUGCCUUGGUCCCGAGUCUGCUCAGAGCGACUUCAUGUUCCUCAAACCCUGCAGCCCCCCACGGAACAACGAGAAGGAUCCUGGGAAGCGGUCCCGGCCAGACCAGCAUCUCCAGGUCUCCAAGGAGGUCAAGCAGCCCAACACAGACUGGCUGCCUCCAAGCACUCAGCGACCUACCCUGAAAAGCUCCCAGAGCCUGGAAGACGUGGGGGAAAUCCGCAGAGCCCUCCAGAAGGAGCACGAGAGGCUGUGCACACUGGUGACUCCUGUCUCUGAGUUUCAGAAGGCUUCUGCAGGCCCCAACAGCGUCUGGACCCCCCAGUACAACCCCUUGUACCCAGGGCACAUCCCAGCCCUGGAUUAUCAGCACAACGUCUACAUCCCUGGCACCCCCACUCUGCUUUCCAGCAAGGAUGGGCCCCUCUUCCCAGGCAGGGAGAACAAGAACAGCUUCUCCACCUUUGGCAAGAGGAAGAAGAUGACGACUUACUGUGACAUGCAUGACAGUGUGGUUAUCAACAAUGACCUGAAAUAGCCUGGAUGGCUCUAUCCUGGGAAUCUGUCACAUCAUUUCAGCUGCCAGGUCCACCCUCAGCACACAGUUCCAUGUAUGGACCACUCAGGAUUCUGCAGGGCUGCUGGGAAAGUGGCUCACCAGAGCAUGGGGAAAGGAUUUAAGGAGCAAGAGACUGAAAAU